UCAUUUUUGUAAUUUAAUCAUUCAAGAAACAAUCAAAUGAAGCUAGUUCCCACAAAGGAAAAUAAUCUAUAACAUUAACUUCACUUCUUUCUUCUUCAAACACAAAUCCUUCUCUGAAUCUAAAGUAACAAAAUCAACAUGGAAAUCAGUGAAAUCACGACCCAAUUGAACAACCCAAAAGAAGAAGAAGAAAGAGAAAACGUUGUGGUUGUUCAACAGAAAGAAGAAGAAGCUCAUCCUUAUGCUUUUCAUGUCUCAGGUCCGAGAAAUUUGGUUAAUCUUAAUUGGAGAGACCUUAUUAGUUCUAGCUGGAAGGAUGCAAACUAUAAGAGAACUGUCAUUGCUUGUUUUAUACAAGCAGUUUACUUGCUUGAACUCGACAGACAAGAGAAACGGCCACCCGAAAAUGCUCUAGCUCCAAAUUGGUGGAUUCCCUUCAAGUACAAGCUAACAAAAACACUAAUAGAUGAAAGAGACGGUUCCAUUUUUGGUGCAAUACUUGAAUGGGACCGAUCCGCAGCAAUGUCGGAUUUAAUAUUAAUCAGACCAAGUGGUGCCCCAAAAGCUGUUUUAGCACUAAGAGGAACAUUGCUCAAAAGCCUAACAAUGCGAAGAGACAUCGAAGACGACCUUCGUUUCCUUGCUUGGGAAAGCUUAAAGGGUUCUGUAAGGUUCAAAGUAGCAUUAGAAGAACUAAAAUCAGUUUCUGAUGCAUAUGGAAGUAGCAAUGUUUGUGUAGCAGGACAUUCAUUAGGAGCUGGUUUUGCUCUUCAAGUUGGAAAAUCAUUAGCAAAAGAAGGUAUCUAUGUUGAAACACAUUUAUUCAAUCCACCUUCUGUUUCACUAGCUAUGAGUCUUAGAAACAUUGGUGAAAAAGCUGAGUUAGCUUGGAAGAGACUUAAAAAGUCUAUGAUUCCUUCAAGUAAUGAAGAAACUAAUGAUGGAAACAAAAGUAUUGGAACAAAGAGUUGGAUGCCUUGGUUAACAAGUUUGAAGAAUCAUAAUUUUGGUGUUGGAAAAUGGGUUCCUAAUCUUUAUGUGAACAAUAGUGACUAUAUAUGUUGUUCUUAUAAUGAUAGUAAUAGAUCAGGAGAGAAAGAUGAUGGUGAUAAGGAGAAUGUUGGUCCAAAUAAUGGACAUGUUGCUGCAAAGCUUUUUGUUGUUUCAAAGGAAAAGCAGAAGUUUCAUGAAGCUCAUGGAUUGGAACAAUGGUGGUCAAAUGAUUCACAGCUUCAACAGACUAUACAUACCAGUAAACUCAUAAGCAGGCAGCUUAAAUCUUUAUAUACAAAUGGUUGUGGUACUUCUUCUCAAGUUAUGCAGGGAAAGCCAAGAUAAAUAAGGAUUUGGUCUCAUUGUUUCCAAAAUGAUUCAUUGAUAUAUUAUUAAAACACUCUAAUUCUCUAAAAAGAUUUGUUCUUAAAGGAGAGUCAGUUUUAACCUUUUUGUUUGUGUUGAUAUCUUUAUAAUUUUUUUGUUUUUAUAUGUUUAUAUUUUUGAACAAGUUGGAGCAUUUCAUAGUAAUAUACAAGUUAUUCUUGUUAUUGUA